UCACCCGCCCUGCUCGUCUCGUCGAUGAUUCUCAUCUCACAAUCUCACAAUCUCUCUCAUCUGCAUCACACGCACACUAUCCAGCUGCGUCUUGUCAGCACCUUCCAAGGCCUUACCAUUCUCACUACGGCCUACGUGCGCGGGCGAUCUCGGCUGCGACAGCAUCACGGCACUCCGUCCGAGGUGACAGACAUCCCCGUCCACCUGCUGUUGUCGGGCCCGCCUUCCUCGGCGUCUUUGCUCUCACCCGCGACGUCUGCAGCACCGCCCUUUCUUGUGCCAUUGCACUCACUGUGAUCUAUCAUACUCGCAAGACGCGCCGCCAUGCAACCCGCCGACGCCACUACCCACUCCCAGGCCUUCUUCUGCCGGUGGGACUACUGCACGGUCUCCUUUCCUACAUUGUCGGCCCUAUCCGCGCACCUCCGCGAGCACAUUGCCAGCGAGCGCCCCGUGUAUAUCCCCGUCGCGCGGCGGCGGCGAGCCAACGGCGGGUGGGUGCUGGAUGCCUCGGCGUCAACCAUGCCCUCUUUCCCAUCGAACUCUUUUCCAAGUCCCAGCCAGCCCCACACACACACUCAAAGCUCGCAUGCAUCCCGACCUUCGAUCGACGACUUCCUACCUCCCGCCGACGUCUCGGAUCUGGGCUUGGGGGUGGGCGUCGAGGUCGACUUUGACGCCUUCCUCCGCUCCCCUAGUCCGCGGUUCACCUCAACGCCUCUGAGCCAGAUUCCUCUGCCCAGCCACCCCUCCGCCCCCUCCGCCACCCAGCCCUCCGCCCCCUCCGCCACCCAGCCCUCCAACGCCCAGCGACAACAGCCGAGUCAGAGUGACGUGAGUAGCGGCGCCCUCGUGUCGCCUCCGAACUCUAUGCUGCCGCCGACCCAGCCGCCCCCGCCUGCUACAUCCGAGUCGAACGUGAGCGCCUCACCGCGCACAUCCCUCCAGUUCGGUGCGGCCGAGACGCCGCGGCGCGUGAGCGCUGGUGGUGUAGGAUUUACCUGGGGAUCGGGGAAGUAGUCUGGGGAUGAAGAUGCGAAACAGAUUGGCGUAGAGUGGGCGGUCCGACAUGUACAAGGUAUUCGCUCAUAGGUCCUAGAUGUAUCAAUGAUCAAUAGCAAUGUUAUGGGUACAAGAUGUAAAUAA